GAUUUCGUUUGUUUUGCUCAAGUUUUUGUUCUCAUGGCAAAUUCAUUACACUCCGAAUCGAGACGGUUGUAUUCGUGGUGGUGGGACAGUCAUAACAGCCCGAAAAACUCGAAAUGGCUUCAAGAAAAUCUCACAGAUAUGGAUUCCAAGGUCAAGUCCAUGAUCAAGCUGAUCGAAGAAGACGCGGAUUCGUUCGCGAGAAGGGCAGAAAUGUACUACAAGAAACGGCCCGAGCUGAUGAAAUUAGUUGAGGAGUUUUACCGAGCGUACCGUGCUUUAGCAGAAAGGUACAACCACGCAACUGGAGAGCUUAAACACGCGCAUCACCCCUGGGACCCACCACACACGCCACCGGAGAGGAAAUUUCCCGUCCGUGCGUUGUUUGACCAGGUUGACUUUCUUGAUGACAACGACGACGAAGUUGAAGGGUUGAAGAAAGCUCUUGCUGACGUGGCAGCAGAGAAGGAAGAAGUGCUUCUCGAGUAUCAACGGCGUCUGGCAAGGUUGUCGGAUUUAGAAAGAGAGCUUGAUAAUGCACAAAGGGAGUCAAAGGCACUCGACGAAAAAGUCAACCGAGCUGAAGUCGAGUAUUUGGAGAAGAUCUCUAAUUUGGAGGCUAUGGUUUCUAAAGUCGAAGAAGAUACGAAGGGGGUUAAUACGAGGGCGAUGGAAGCAGUAAACGAAGCUCAAACACUAAAAAACGAAAUUUCAAGAAUUGAGCUCGAAAAGAAACUUCUUUUGAAACAAGCACAAAGAGCCGAAAACGAAGUGUCGAAGCUUAAAAAAUCUGUUGCCGAUUUGCAAAGGGAGAAAGAUGCUUUUGCUCUGAAGUACAAGUGCUGCUUGGAGACAAUAUCGAAGCUCGAACGAGAGCUAUCGAUAGCCAAAGAUGAAGUCAAACGUCUCAAUAAAGACGUACUUAUCGGAAGUAUAAAACUCAAGACAGCCGAAGAGAAGUCUUCGUCCUUGGAAAUGUCCAAUUUGUCCCUGCAAAACGAGGCGGAAAAUCUUGUUCAGAAGAUUUCGGAGAAGGAUCUAGAACUUUCCAUAAAGCAGGACGAGUUGGAGAAUCUUCAAACGUGCCUGCAAGACGAGCACUUGAGCCACGCACGAGUUGAAUCCACUCUCCAAACUGUGCAAACUUUGCACUCUCGAUCGCAAGACGAUCGAACGGCUCUAAAGUUGGAACUCGAAAAUGUGUUUCACAUGCUAAAGGACUUGGAAGUGAGCAAAAUUGGCUUGGAGGAAGAAAUUCGAAGUUUGACCGAGUCAAACUUGGCCAUGGAGAAUACAAAAAACGAAGUCAUCAGCUUAAGGGAAAUUAAAGAGAGGCUUGAAACGGAAGUUUUACACCACGUCGAACGGAGCGAUUCCCUUCAGAAGGAAAUUUCGUGUCUGAAAGAGGAAAUAAACGGCUUGACUAUGAGCUAUAAUGAUUUAGUUGAGCAAGUGGAAUUAGUUGGUUUGAACCCGAAAUGUUUUUCGAGUUCGGUGAAGAGCUUGCAAGACGAGAAAGAGGUUCUUUCGAAAAAGAUUGAAGACAUGCAAGAUCUUCUGACAAAAAAAAUUGUUCAAGAAAGUUCGAUCUCGGACAUGAAUGAUGAGCUGGCGAAUGUGCGAGAGAACGUGAAAGCUUGGCAAGAAACUUGCCAGUUUCUCAACGUAGAAAAAUCGACACUUUUGUCCGAGAAAGUUUCUCUCUUGUCUCAAUUACACGCCAUAACCGAGAGCAUGCACAAGCUAUUGGAGAACAAUGCUGUUCUUGAAAACUCUCUUUCGACUGCAAAAAUCGAACUCGAAGGUUUGAGGGAGAAAUCGAAGGGAUUGGAAGAGAUUUGUGAGCUGCUCAAGAAUGAAAGAUCUCAUCUAUUGAGUGAGAGGGGUAGUUUGGUCAUAAAAUUGGAAAAUGUCGAGAGCAGACUCAAAAGCCUCGAAGAAAAAUACACCACAUUAGAGAAGGAAAACAAGGCGGUGCAUUCUCGAGUUGAAGAGCUUAAAAUCUCGCUGAGCGUGGAGAAGCAAGAGCGAACGAGCUUCGAUGUUCAAAGUGGGGCCCGUUUUUCGGGACUCGAAAACCAGAUUUGUCUCCUCAAAGAAGAGAAUAUGUGGAAGAAGAAGGAAUUCGAUGCUGAGCUCGAAAGAUCCUUCAAAGCCCAGUUCGAAAUAUCCAUUUUGCAGAAAUUUAUAAAAGACAUGGAAGAAAAAAACUACUCCCUCAUAAUCGAAUGCCAAAAACACGUCGAAGCUUCUAAAUUGGCUGAGAAGCUGAUAUCGGAAUUGGAAAAUGGAAGUCUUGAGCAGCAGGUGGAAUCCGAGCUCCUGCUGGACGAAAUCGAACGGCUGAGAUUGAGUUUGUACCAGGUUUUCAGGGCCGUUGAUAAUGUGGAUCCCGAUGAAAAAAUCGAGAAUGAGGAAACUUUUGUGGGUCAUAUUCUUGAAAGUAUUGAAGAUAUGAAAUGCUCGAUUUCUGCGCACGAGGAUAAUAAGCAGCAGCUACUGGUCGAGAACUCGGUUCUGCUAACUCUACUCGAGCAAGUAGAGUCGAAGGUGAUGCAAAUCGAAUCACAGAAGAUGUACUUUGAGGAGGAGUUUAAAGCCAUGUCAGAAAAGCAUGCUAUGGAGAAAAACGAGAAAGAUGAACUCGUCGAGUUGAGCAGGAAAUUGAAAUCCGAUGGUGUUGUGCUCGAGGCUGAGUUGGAGAGUCUUUGUAUCAAACAAGUGGAUUCACACGAAUCUUACAAUGCUUUGUACGAAUCGUACUCGCAAGUGAAAAGGGAUAACGAGAAUUUGCUUCGGAAGUUGGAUAUGUUCAAUGAUGCUGCGAUUCUUGAAAAUCUAGAAGUUUCUAACCGAUCGGAAAUUUUGAGGAGUUUCGUCGAAGAGAAAAUUACGGAAGUGAAAUCCCUUUUGGAAGAUCUGAACAGACAGCACGUGAUUAACGGUAAUCUUGAAAAGGAAACGAGGGUUUUAUCGGAGAAGCUCAAUUUGCAAGAAGCCGAAAAUUUAGUGCUUAAAGAUGCUGUUUUUAGAUUGGAGAGAGAGAAGCAAGGGAUGAGAGAAUAUAAUGUUCGGAUGAAAAGGGAUAUUCUACAAACAGAAGGAAAACUCGACGAAGCCGAAACUUUGAACUCGAAGCUGAUAACCAAUUUUCAAGAAUCGCUGUGGAAAAACAGGAAUCUUGAAAACAAUAUACUCCGGCUGUCUGAAAAUAAGACGAACUUAGAAACCGAACUUGGCCUACUCCAUCAGAAGAACAAUGAGUUCGAAGAGUUCUGUUUCGAUCUUCAGAUAUCUUCUUCUGUUAAUGAAGUUUUGUUUAAAAAUAAGGUGCAUGAGCUCAAUGGGGCGUAUCGGAUUCUCGAGAAGGAAAAUGCUUCGAAAAUAUGUUCGAUGGAGAGUGAAAUUAAGGAAUUGAAAUCACGAUUACAUGCUUACGCUCCAGUUGUAGCUGCCUUGAAAGACGAUAUUACAUUCCUCGAGCACAAUGCACUACUUCAGACAAAGCUUAAAGCAACCUUAAAUCAAGAAGCUGAGUUUGCUGAUAAUCACAGUAGAAGUUCUUCUGAGAAACUUCUAGAAGAUGAAUCUCUCAUUAGCUUACAGGACUUGCAAAUGAGAAUAAAAGCGGUUGGAAAAUCGAUGGAAGAAACAAACAAGCCAUUAUCGAAAAGAAAAUUGAACUCCAAAAUCGAUAACGAGCGGUCAAAAUCGAGCCGUUGCUUGGGCAGAAAGAAGGGAGGACAGGGUAACGAGCUCCUCGCCGUAACCGAAACUCCGAAGCUGCAGAAGAUAAAAACCAAAGCCACUGAAAUUCGAAACGCAAUGCUGAUGAAAGAUAUUCCACUCGACCAAGUCUCGAAUCGCUCACUGAGAAAACGAGGUUGUAAUAAAACAAAUGGUGGAGAAGAAGAUCAAAUGCUCGAGCUGUGGGAAAAAACGUCCGAGGAUCUGACAAUCGGCGAGUCGCUGAGGCUGUCGUGCAAAAUGACCGAAAAGGACAUGGUUUACGACCAAUUCGACCCUCCGUCAACAGAUUCCGACGCGGAGAAAGAGCUGGGCGUGGAUAAAAUGGAAGUUUCUCGAAGAAUCACCGAGCCGAGCCGAGAAGUGAGCGCACGGAGAAUCCUCGAACGGCUGACGUCCGACUCCCAAAAGCUCGAGAAUCUCCACAUAACCGUAGAGAACCUCCGGACCAAACUGGAGACGAACAAAAAGAGUAAAAAAUCGAAAAACGUCGACUUCGAGACGGUCGAGGAACAGCUCAUGGAAGCCGAGGAAACAGUCGAAAGCCUAGUCGAGUUGAACGGGCAGCUGGUGAAAGCGUUAGAGGAGUGCCCGACGCCGGAGGUGAAGGCGUCGCCGCCGCUGAAACAGGCAGUGAAAACGCGGAGGAGGAGGAUCACCGAGCAGGCGAGAAAAGGGUCGGAAAGAAUCGGGAGGCUGCAGCUGGAGGUGCAGAAGAUACAGUAUAUAUUGUUGAAGAUGGAUGAAGAGAAGAAGAGUAAAGUGAGAGGUAAGUUUUUCAAGAGUAAGAGUAUUGUGUUGAGGGAUUUUAUAUAUAGUAAUAAUGGGAAGAAGCAGAGUGGAAGGAGGAAGAAAGGUGCCCUCUGUGGGUGUUUUAGGCCUUCAACUAGUAGAAUUGGAAGCUGAGUGAAAUCUUCUUACAUUGAUCAUUUGUUUUUUUAGUUUGUAAGAGGAAAAAUGUUUUUAAUUGAGUUCUUGUUAUUAUGUUGAUAGGUGAUUAUCUAAUUCUAAUAAACUACUUCUGUUAUU